AUGAAUUUUACCACAGAGAAGGAGGAGGUUAACUUUCUCCGAAUCGAGAACCAGCGACUGAAAGCUGUCGUUGUGGAUAAAGAGGCGGAGAUUUCCAGUCAGGAGGAGAAGUUUCAGAUGAUGAAGCAGGGAUACACAGAGGACUUCCAUUACUUAUCUGCCAAAUUCCAAAUCUCGAUAGGAUCGCUCCCGAUUCAGGAGAAGGGGGUUCAGACGGACCCCACUCAUGUGGAAACCGCUGUGCAGAUCCUGACCAGCGAAGAGAUGGACACUGGAGAGUCUGCAGAGCCCACUCUGCUCCAGGCAAGCAUGGGGGAAGAUUGUAGCUUCUGGAGUAGAUUCAAAACUGUGGCAAAGAAGGGGGCUGUAGCCAGUCUGGCGGUAGUGGCCCUGGGAUACAGCCUUUCUUUUUAUGCCACAGAGACGUUUGGAUUUCAGACGUUUACCGACCUCUCUCCUUAUUAA